AUGCUAAAUGUCAUAAGGGAGAACAAUGUUGUCAUCAUAGUCGGUGAGACUGGUUCCGGAAAGACCACACAGCUUGCGCAAUAUCUGCUCGAGGAAGGUUUCGGGACCACAGGAAUCAUCGGCUGCACCCAACCACGUCGAGUUGCCGCUAUGAGUGUCGCCAAGCGUGUGGCUGAUGAAAUGGAUGUUGAACUUGGUCAAGAAGUUGGGUAUGCAAUCCGUUUCGAAGACUGUACAUCAGAAAAGACUGUCAUAAAAUACAUGACAGACGGUAUUCUACUCAGGGAAUGUCUGGGUGAUGGUGAUCUCGAUCAGUACAGUGCCAUUAUUAUGGAUGAAGCUCACGAGCGUUCACUGAAUACUGAUGUUCUAUUCGGUUUGCUUCGAGAUGUGAUUGCCCGACGGUCCGAUUUGCGCCUGAUUGUCACCUCCGCUACGAUGGAUGCUGAAAAGUUUGCGAAUUUCUUUGGAGGUAGCUGUCCAACAUUUACGAUACCUGGCCGUACGUUCCCUGUGGAAAUCUUCCACGCAAGAGCCCCGGUCGAAGAUUAUGUGGAUGCUGCCGUCAAGCAAGCGAUUACUGUACACCUUGGUGGUAUGGAAGGAGAUAUCUUAAUAUUCAUGCCUGGUCAAGAGGAUAUUGAGGUCACGUGUAGUUUGAUGAAGUCACGACUUGAAGAAUUGGACGAAGCUCCACCACUUGCUGUGCUUCCAAUCUAUUCUCAGUUACCCAGUGACUUACAG